AUGAGUUUCGAGAUAUUGCUGGUAAGCCAGGCAUUUGAGAGAAUUGUGAUUCCAUUUACAGAAAACCUCAAGCGGCUCGGAAUUGAGGCCCGAGUGCGGCUGGUCGAUCAAAGCCAGUACCUGAACCGAAUCCGCGCUCAGGAUUUUGACAUGAUUAUCAGUGGAUGGGGGCAAUCGGAAUCUCCGGGCAACGAACAGAGAGGCUAUUGGGGGUCAUACGCUGCCGAUCAGCCGGGUUCCAGCAACUAUGCAGGCAUUAAAGAUCCAGUAAUCGACGAGUUGAUCGAACUUGUCAUCCAAGCACCUGACCGGGAGUCUCUGGUGAUUCGAACGCGGGCACUGGACCGCGUUUUGCUGUCAGGCCACUACGUAAUACCAAAUUGGCAUAUCCAGGGAGAUCGAAUUCUGUACUGGGAGAAAUUUUCCCGGCCCAAGGUUCCUACCAGAAGGGGCGUACUGUUCGACCGAUGGUGGUAUGACGAAGCUAAAGCACAAAGUCUUGCAGAAGCAAUGGGCGAUGAUCAGCCUUCGAUAAAGACUGAAUAA